AUGACGGACCGGUACACCAUCCACAGCCAGCUGGAGCACCUGCAGUCCAAGUACAUCGGGACGGGCCACGCCGACACCACCAAGUGGGAGUGGCUGGUGAACCAGCACCGGGACUCGUACUGCUCCUACAUGGGCCACUUCGACCUGCUCAACUACUUCGCCAUCGCCGAGAACGAGAGCAAGGCGCGCGUCCGCUUCAACCUUAUGGAGAAGAUGCUGCAGCCCUGCGGGCCGCCCGCCGACAAGCCCGACGAGUCCCAGCCCGCCCCGAGCACGGAUUCCUCGGUAUUAAGUGUUUCAGUACAGCCACCUGAGGAGCGAGUCUCGGAUACUUCACAGAUAGCGUUUUCCCAGUGCUGUCUUACCGAAAGUAUGUUUUGA